AUGAAAGCUAAUUAAAUUUUCCUUUUAUAUUUAGCUUUAAUCUAGUUUAUAAUUAAGUAACUGCACGGAAAAGAAGUUGAUUUGAACCCAGAUGAAGAUUAUUUGAAUUAAGGCUAGGAAAAUAACAAUUUAAAAGAGAUUUAGUAGUUACUUAUCAAUCAAAAUACAUCAAAUAAUCAGCACCAAAUCAAGAUAUAAUCAGAGGAAUUAUUAAACUACAAAGGCUAUUUUUGCUAAGUUGUUAUUGAAUUUAAUAUUUCUUCACAUAAGAAUCUAACACUUAAUUUUUUGGAUUAGUCUUAAAGGAUAUCAUAACUUAUUCUAAAUUAAUAUAAUAAUAAGUACAUCACAUAAUCUUUAAUUUAGCAUUCCUAUUUAAAUUACACUUUUUUUACAUAAGAUGUAUUAGAUAAUUUAAGUAUAAGGACUAUAAGGCUAUUUAUUUAAAUAAAUAAUACUUAUGAUAUGUAAAUUAGUACUAGUAAAAGCUUUUUAAGAUUGCUAUAGUCAUGUAGUGCUUAAUACUACUUCCAUCCUAUUUAUUAAAGUUGCCAAAAAUGUCACUAAUAUUGUAAUGGCUGUACAUCAUAUUAAAAGUGUAAAGAUUGUUAGAAGAGAAAUCUUAUUUAUAGGUAUGAUUAGCUUGCAGAUGGAUCUUGUGGAGAUUGCCCAAAUGGAUAAAAUUAUGAUUCUAAUAAUUAAUGUUAUGGUUGUUCAACAACUUGCUCUUGUAAUUACUAAGAUUAAUGUAUAUCUUGUAAAGAUAAAGUAAAUAAUAAAUUAAAUACUGAAAAAAACACAUGUGAGCCCUGCUAGACAAGUUAAGGGUAUUACAUUGAAGGAUAAAGAUGUCUUAGAUGCCAUAUUUCCUGUUAGACUUGUAAAGGACCUAAUGAAACUGAUUGUUUAGACUGCAUUGAUAAAGCUAUAAAAUAUUAAGAUGGAACUUGUAAGUAUAACAACUUGAAUCCAAACGACUGCAUUUCUCCAUAUAAAUUAGACAAAAAUAAAAAUUGCGUUUUAUGCGAUUAAGAUGGUUAAUAUGUGAAAGGUAAAAAUUGUGUUGAAUGCUAAGCUGAUUUAAAAUGCUAAAAAUGUUCACCUGAGACAUAAUGUACUUAAUGCUAUGAUAACUAGCCUGAAAAAUAUUUAUAAGAUAGAAAAAAAUGCACUGACUGCAAAUAAAAUGGUUACUUUAUCAAUUCAAAUAUUUGCGAUAAAUGCAUAUCGAAUUGCGAUUAAUGUGAUAAUAAAUCUUCAUGCAAAAAAUGUAGUCCUGGUUAUUAUAUCUUAGAAGAUAAUUAAACUUGCUCUCAAUGCAAAUAAGAUGGAUAUUACAUAGAUAAAUCUAAUUAAUUUUGCUAUAAAUGCCCUCAGGAAAAGAAUUGUAAAAAAUGUAACAGUGAUCUGAAAUGUACUGAAUGUCAGAGUGGUUUCUUUCUUUUUAACUCAGAUAACUGUAUUAUUUGCUAAGAUGGAUAUUUUAAAAGUGGAAAAAAUUGCUUUAAAUGCAUUGAAAAUUGCUAAACCUGUUCAGAUGAAAAAAAUUGUUAAAAAUGCCUACAAAAUUAUUAUCUUUUUAAUAAUAGAGCUUAAUGCAUACCUUGUGAAAGCUAAGGAUAAUUUAAAUAAAAUGACACAUGUUAAUUAUGUGAUAAUUCUUGCUCUAAGUGUAAAGAAAAAACGGAAAAUGAUUGUUUAGAAUGUAAAGAUCCUAACUAAUUUAAUUAUAAGGGAAAAUGUGAGCCUUGUACACGAGAUGGAGUUUUCCAAAGCGGAAAAUAGUGCCUUGAUUGUGCUUAAAACUGCAAAUCUUGUACAGGAAUAGAAAUAGAAAAAUGUAAUUAAUGCAAGGAUGGAUAUAACUUUAUGCCUGAUAGAAAAUGCGGAAUUUGCCCAAUAAAUGAUAAAUACUACAUCGAUAUUAGUCAAAAUUGUUAAAAAUGCCAUGAUUCUUGCUAAACCUGCAAUGAUAGUAAAGAUACAUCUUGUUAAACAUGUAUUAGUAAUUUAAAAAUAGAUAAAUUGGACCGUAAAUGCAAAGCUUGCAAUACUGACAACGGCUACUUUGUAAAUAACCAUGACGAAUGCGAAAAAUGUCAUCCUACUUGUAAAUAAUGUGAUGGACCUUCUGAUUCAAAUUGUAAAGUAUGUAAUCAAGAUUUAAGCUUUUUAAACGGUAAAUGUCAAAAAUGCGAAACAGAAAAUUCUUAUUAUAUAGACAUAAAUAAUUAAUGUUUAGAAUGCGAUAAAUCUUGUAAAACAUGUUCAAGCAAAGAUAUUUGCAUAAAAUGCAAAGAUGGCUUGAGUUUUAAUUCUAACUAGGCUACAAAGUUAUGUGCCAAAUGUGACUUAGAUUCCAUGUAUGUUAAAGAUCCAAAUGGUUUAAAUAUUUGUUAAAACUGCCAUAUUAAUUGUAAAGGAUGCAAUGGACCAAAUAUUUAAGAUUGUAUUUAGUGUAAAGAUUAGUUUUCUUUCAAUCCAAACGAUAAAUCUUGUGAAACAUGUAAUAUAGCAGAUGGAAAGUAUAUUGAUGAAAAUAAUUACUGUAAUAAGUGUGAUGUUACAUGCAAAACAUGCACAGGACCUGGAAAUCGAAAUUGCAAACUCUGUGCUGAGGGUUUGUAUUUUAAUGAUGAUAAGGUAUGUGAAAAAUGCCCUAGGGAGAAAUUUUACAUAACUGAUUUUAAUUAUUGUAAGAAAUGCCAUGAUUCUUGUCUAACUUGCAAUGGAAUAUCAGAUAAUAAUUGCUUGAGUUGCACAGAAGAUUUUGCUCUUAAUGAAGAUAACAGAUGUUAAAAAUGUAAGACAGAAAACGGGUUCUUUAUUGCAAAUCAAAAGGGUAUCAAAGUUUGUAAGCGAUGUGACUCAUCAUGCAAAACUUGUCAUGAAUAGAAUAAUACUGACUGUGAUUCAUGUAUGAAUGACAGUUUUUUAAUAGACUUUGAUACAAAAAUUUGUUAAACUUGCAUAACUGAAAAUAAAUAUUUCCAAGAUGGGUUUUAUUGUAAAAAAUGUCAUGAUACUUGCAAAAAAUGCAAAAAUUAAGAUGCCACAUAGUGUGUUGAAUGUUCAUAAUCUCCUAUUUAAUUAUACUUUCGAGAUGGUCUUUGCUAAAAAUGUGAAGAAUCAGAAGGAUUUUAUAUUAAAGAUGAUAAGUAUAGCUGUGGAAAAUGUGAUUCAAGUUGCAAAACAUGCUUUGGAGGAUAAAAAAACUAGUGUAAAACAUGCUAAGAUGAUAAAUACUUAUUUAGAGAUAAUACAUGCAAGGAAUGUGAUACAAACAAUAAAUUCUUCAAAAAUGGAAAAGAGUGUUUACCAUGCAAUGAUGAAUGUUAAACUUGUAGUGGAUAAGGCUAAGACCAGUGUUUAACUUGCCCAAAUAGUAAAUUUUUAUUAUCAGAAAGUGGAAAAUAAACAUGUAUUGAUUGUUUGCCUUCUUAAUCUUUUUAUUAAAAUGGAAAAAUAUGUAUGAGAUGUGAUAGUUCUUGCUAAGAGUGUAAGGAUUCAAGUAAUACUAGCUGCACUAAAUGUAAAGACUCAGAUUAUUUAUUUGAAGAUGGGACUUGCAAACCAGAAUGUCCAUAGGAAGGAUAUUUUAAAGAAGAUAAAAUGUGCAAAAAAUGUGAUUCUAGCUGCAAGUAAUGUAAAGGAUCAGAAAAAAAUGACUGUAUAUUAUGUAAAGGCGAAUAAAAAUUAUACCCAGAGGGAAAUUGUAGUGAUUGCCUAAUAAAUGAUAAAUAUUAUAUCUCAGAUAAAUAUUGCUUACCUUGUCAUAGUUCGUGUAAAACUUGUAAAGAUAACUCUGAAACUGGUUGCUAAGAUUGUGAAGCUAAUCUUAAUAGGCAAGUUGAUUAAACAUGCAAAAUAUGCGAUUUAAAGAAUGGCAUGUUUGUAGACAAAACUGAUAAUACUUGUAAAAAAUGCCAUUAAACUUGCAAAACUUGCUCUGGAUCUUCUGAAAAUGAUUGUUUAAGUUGUAUUGGAGACAAUAAAUUUUAUCAAGAUAAAACUACUGGCCAGAAAAAAUGCAUAUCAUGCUAAAUUGAUAAUAAGUAAUAUAUAAAGGAAGAUAUGUGUUUAGAUUGUGAUGCUACUUGCUAAACUUGCAGCGGUGGUUCUGAAACAGAAUGCAUUGAUUGUGAUAGUAAAUAUCUUAAACACUAAGACAAAAAAUGUAAAAUUUGUGAUACUUCUAAUAGUUUUUAUGCCUAAGACAAGAAUUGCAUUAAAUGCAGUGAUGGUUGUAAGAUAUGUGAUAAAGAUGGCUGUAAGGAAUGCACAGGUACUUUGAAACUUAAAGAAGGAGUCUGCACUGAAUGUAAGUUAUCAGAUGGCUAUUUUGUUUAAGGCUUAAAUUGUAUAAAAUGCCACUCAUCUUGUAAAGAAUGCUCAGGACCAUCUUAAUUUGAUUGCAUAACCUGUAAAGAUAAUUAGUAUUUAAAAAAAGUAGAUGAAAAAGAUAUAAAUUCUCAAAAAUUAUGCCAAGAAUGUCCUGAUGAAGGUUUCUUCGUAAAAGAUAAGGAAUGUAUUAAAUGUCAUGAUACUUGCUUAAAGUGUCAUUCAUAAGAUGCUAUUGAUUGCGAUGUUUGCAAAGGUAAUUUAAAAUUUAGAAUUGAUAAGACAUGCUAAGAAUGCCCUGCUGAAAAUUUUUAUUUAGACAAAAAAGAUACCUGUUUAGAGUGUUUUAAAGACUGCAAAACAUGUAAUGGUUCCUAAUCUAACUAAUGUCUAACUUGUAAGGAUGGUUUGAAUAUAUAUUACAAAGAUAAUAUUUGCAGAGACUGCAAUUAAGACCAUUUCUGGAUAUCAAAGGAUGAUAAUAAAUGUUAUGAUUGCCAUAGUUCCUGUUAGACUUGUAAUGGAAAUGAUAAAGAAAAUUGUAUAAAGUGUCUACCUCCUUUCAUGUGGCUUGGAAAUAUUUGCGAUUCUUGUCCAGAAUCUAAUUAUUACGCUGAUUAAGUGACCAAAAAGUGUACUCCUUGUCAUUAAUCUUGCGAAUUAUGCAAUGGCGAUAAAGAAACUGACUGUAUAAAGUGUAAAAAUUAAAAUAAAUUUCACACAGAACAAGUCACAGAAAAUGGAAAUACUAAGGAAAUAAAAUACUGUAGAGAGUGCUAAACAAGUAAUGGAUAUUUUGUAAAAGGAGACUAGUGUCUAAAGUGUCAUAGUAGCUGUUUAACUUGUGUUGACGAAUCAGAAAAUAAAUGUUUGUCUUGUUAAGAAGGUUUAUUUUUAUUUGAAGAUGGCACUUGUAAAAAAUGUCCUGAUUAGGAAUACUUUAAAUAAAAAGUAAACUAAAUUAAUAUGUGUAAAUAAUGCUCUCCUAAUUGUCUAACAUGUUCAUAAUUUGGAGAUGACAAAUGUCUAACUUGUAAAAAAGAUCUUUACAAAAAUGAUUCAGACAAGUGCGAAAAAUGUGAAACUGAUUAAAAAGUUUUUAUUAAAGGAGAUAGAUGCCUUCACUGUGAUAGCACAUGUAAAACAUGUAAAGAUGAGAGUCCUUAGGGUUGUGAUAAAUGUGAAGAUAAUCUUAGUAAGCUGCCAGAUAAGACCUGCUAAAAAUGCCCAAAAAAGGGGUAUUUCUAAGAAGGAGAAUUUUGCAAAGUUUGUCAUAACACUUGUGAAGAGUGUGAAGGGGAAAAUUAAAAAUAAUGCAAAAUUUGUGCAACUGGAUUAACAUUUUGGAAAGAUUAAAACGGAGAUUAGAUUUGUAUAAAGUGCUAAGAAAAGAUUGCCCAUUACGUUGAUGGAUCGUAUUGCAAACCUUGCCAUUCAAGCUGUUUAGAGUGCUCUGGGGGAGACUAAUCUCAAUGCAAGAAAUGUGUAGAAGGAAAAUAUUUCAAAAGUAAAAAUAGUUAAGGUGAAGGCUAAUGUCUAGAAUGUACAGGAUCUUUUUUUACAUAACAAGAUUUAUGCUUACUUUGCCAUUAGAACUGCUAAACUUGUAAAGGAUCUUAAGAAACUGAUUGUAUUUCAUGCUCUGGUUCUCUUAAAUUCAAUAAAGACAAAUCAAAAUGCAUUAACUGUGCAACUGAUAAUGGAUAAUUUUUAAAUAAUGACAUUUGUUAUAACUGUGAUACGAGUUGUAAAACCUGUAACGGAGAAAGUAAUACUAGUUGUUUAUAAUGUAUAGAUGAUUUAUAUUUUUUCUAAGAAGAUGAUAAUACUAAAAACAAAUGUAAACAAUGUCCCCCUGAACAAUAUUACAUUGAACCUACUGAGAAAAAGGAUUGCUUGAAAUGUCAUGAUUCAUGCUAAACUUGCAAACCUGGAUUGCCAAAAUAAUGUUUAAAAUGCAAAUAAGGAGGAACUUUUAUGGAUGAUGGUACAUGCUAAGUUUGUCCUGAGUAAGGCUAUUAUGUAAAAAACGAUAAAUGUUUGAAAUGUGAUUCUUCAUGCAAAAAGUGCUAAGACAGUGCUUUGAAUUGUACUGAAUGCCAUGAAAAUAAUUACUUUGACUUAAAUGACAGUAAUAAGUGUAAGGAAUGUGAUACUUUAAAUGGUCACUUUAUAUAGAAUAACAAAAAUUGUUAGAAGUGUAAUGAUUCUUGCUAGACUUGCAAAGAUGAUACUGAAUUCGGUUGUUUGACCUGCAAGAAUAAUUUAUAUUUUAAAGAUUAUGUUGACCCAUCUGAUACUUCAAAAGUAAAAUAAAAGUGUGAGACUUGUGAUUAAAAUAAUGGAUGGGUUAUUAGUGGAGCAGAUUUUGGAAAACAAUAAUGUUAAAAAUGUCAUGAGUCAUGCAAAACAUGCUCUGGCACAGAUUCAAAGUAAUGUACUGAAUGUAAGAAUGGACUUUAUUUUAGAGAUGGAAUAUGUUAGUAAUGUGAUAUUAGUGAUGGCUUUUUUAUCAAAGAUAAAUCUUGCUUAAAAUGCUCAGAAAAUUGCAAAACUUGUAGUGGUUCAGAAAAAAACGAGUGCAAUACAUGUAGAAUAGAUAAAUUUUUUGUUGAAAAUACCUAAGAAUGCUAGUAUUGUGAUUAAAAUUAAGGAUUUUACUUAGAUACUAAUUCUAGGUGUUUUAAAUGCCAUAGUUCUUGUAAAACAUGCAAUGGUGGUGAAGAUAAAAACUGUACUAAAUGUGCAGAUAAAUUAAGUUUUCUUGAUGGAUUGUGCAAAAUUUGUGAUGUAAAAAACAAAUAUUAUAUUGAAGAAUCGGAAAAUAAAUGUUUAAAAUGCCAUGAUACUUGUUAAACCUGCAAGGGAAGCGGGGUAAAUUAAUGCUUGUAAUGUAAAGACAAACUUUCAUUUGAUGAGAAUAGCAAUUGCAUAACCUGCCCAUCUGAAGGAUAUUACGUAGAUAACUUUAGAUGCAUUAAAUGCCAUAAUUCUUGUAAGUAGUGUAGCUCCUAAUUAGAAACAGGUUGUACUGAAUGUCAAUCUAAUCUUUUUUACUGGCCAACUAGUAAGAUUUGUAAGGCUUGUGAUAUUUAAGAUGGUUAUUUUGUGAAAAAACAAUCAACAGGUAAUUUUAGCUAAUUGUGUUUAUAAUGUCAUUAAGAUUGUAAAACAUGCACAGAUGAAAAACAAAGUAGUUGCUUAAUUUGCAAAGAAGUUUAUUCAUUUAAAAAUGAUAAAAAUAUAUGCAGGAAAUGCCACAGUGACUGCAAACUGUGUAAUGGAGAAUUAUAAACUGAUUGUAUUGAAUGCAUGUAGCCUGGUUAUCACAUAAGGUUAGAUAAGACUUGUGGUGUGUGUUUAUCUAAUUAGUAUCUCGAAAAUAAUCAUUGUUUAAACUGCUCAGAUAAUUGCAUGAAGUGUAACGAUUUUAAAACAUGCUUAGAAUGUGGAAACAACACUCAUAUAAAAUCAAAUGGUAAGUGUGGAGAAUGUGAUAAAAAUGAGUAUCUUGACAAAUCUACCAAUAAAUGUAUGGCAUGUCAUGAAACUUGCUUAAGCUGCAAAGGUAGUUAAAAUAGUGAUUGUUUUUAAUGUAAAGAUGGAGGUUUGAGAAUAAGAACAGAUACUAAACAAUGUGGAAAGUGUGAUUCUAAUUAAUACUAUGAUAAUAUUUAGUGCUAUGAUUGUCAUAAAGAUUGUAAAACAUGUUCAGGACCUGGAAAUGAUAUAGAUUAAUGCACAUUAUGUGCAGAUAUAACUAAAUAUGAAUGCAGUUAAAAUGAUUUGAAUUAUUUUGCUUAAAAUUAUUAAAAAGUGACAUGUGAAAAAAAAUGCUUGAAAUGUCAUGUAAAUUGCAGUUAGUGUUUUGGAGAAAAGAGUAACUAAUGUAUGAAAUGUAAGAGAAUGAUCCUUUAAACAGAUUUUUCUUGUUAGAGAAAAUGUCCAGAAAGAAUGUUUUUUGAUGAAUCUGAUCCUAAAGAAGUAAAAUGUACAAAUUGCGAUAGAAAUUGCAAAAUCUGUGAAAAUUAAAAUAAGUGUUUAGCAUGUGAUGAAGAAUUUACUUUAUUAGAAGGAAAAUGUUACAAAUGCUUGAGCCAUUAAUAUUUAGAUAAAAAACUUAAAAAAUGUGUUGAAUGUGAUAAUGAUUGUAAAUCUUGCUUUAAUGAAGGGAAAUAAAGUUGCUUGGAAUGCUUAGAUCCUGCAAAAUUCUUUGAUUAAGAUAACUUUUGUGUAAGUAAUUGUGCUCAUGGAUACAUUAAAAAUGGCAAAACAAAUAGAUGUUAAAAGUGCAAGUAUAUAAUAGAUUAAAAAAAUAAAUCUACAACAUGUGUGGUAGAUUGCAAAUAAAAUUAGUUCUUAGAUACUUAAACUGACAUUUGCAAUGAUUGCUAAAAUAAUUGCUCAGAAUGUUUAUCUCUCACAAAAUGCACAUCUUGUAUUUAGGACUAUCAUUUUGUCAGCGAAAAGUAAGAAGCUUGUAAAAUAUGCGAGUUAGACGAGUAUAUAAAUAGUAAAAAUAUUUGUAAGAAAUGUGAUUUUUAAAAUUGCUUGAUGUGCAAUUAAAAUAAUUGCACAAAAUGCUAAUAUAAAUAUUUCCUAAAUUCAAAUAAUGUAUGUGAGUACGAUAAACGCUACGAUUUUUAUGAAUGCACUGACUUAAAUAAACUAGAUGAUAGUUGUGAAAAAGAGAUAUAGUUUAUAGAUAGGUUAGAUUUCGGUAUGAAGUAAUCUACCAUUGCAACAUAUGCUUUGCAAGCUGUUUCUUUGUUUGUUUUAAGAUCGUCUUCUGUAACGUCUUACUCAAUGCAAAUUUAAUAGUAAAUAGGUAAUAGUUAUUUAAUUGAAGACUCUUUAAAAACCUUAAGUUUAGGGUCUACUUUUUAUGAAUAAAGUUUCUAGUAAAACAUCAUUAACAUGAUACCAAAUCCCUUUAAUUAUAUUCCAGCUUAUGAGUAAUAUUUUCACCCUAAGUAGGAUAUCAAUGAUGUUUAAUCUUUCCAAGUAGACAAAAUCAAUGAAAAUAAAGGUCUGAAAUAUACCACAACACAAUAUGGAUAAUAAGAAUAAACUUUUUGUGAUGGUUAAAACAAUUAAAAUAUGUCUACUAGUUUAGAUAAAUUUAGUUAGACAUAUAGCAGAAAUUUGAAUUUGUUAUUAUAAAAAAGACUGCUUAGUGAAAAUGAGCUAAUUCAACAUAAUCUAAGAGAAGUUCAUUCUUAAGCAUUGAGUCUUCAUUUUGUAGAAGCCAUUAUAAUGUAUAGUCUAAUAUACCUUAUCAUUAUAUUUUUCUACUCAAUAGUAUAUUUAUUCAGAAAUCAGUACGAGUUGAUGGGUCAAAUAUAUAGCAACAGAUUCAAGUUUAUAAUUCAAACACAAUUAAUAUUUUCUAACUUUAUUUUUACUAGCAUACUCUAUUCUUACACUUUUUUGAAUUUCUCCUCUAUGAGCUUAAUAAAUUGGUUAGGGAUAGCAUUCUAAGUUAUUUAUUUAAUUUUUUACUGUACUUUUGCAAUUAUCCUCUUUAGAAAAGUAAGAAACUUCAGUAAAAAAGUGUAUGAUGAAGAUUAGCUAAAGUAUUAGCUAUUUUUUAUAGAAGGAAUAGUCACUGAGAUACCUUUAAACAAAUACUUUUGGUUUAUUUUUGAGUUCAGAAAAGUAAUAAUCCUGCUCAUACAAUUUUUUUUACCUUUGAUUGAAGUAUCUGCUUUACUUAUCUUAGUAAUUAACAUAUCUUUUUUGAUCUUUUAUUGGUUAAGAAAGCCAUUUGAAGUUAAGUAUUAGCUUUGGUAUUACUUUGUUCUAGAAAUUUUGAAUUGUUUUAAUAGCUUCUUGCUUUGUUCUUUAUUCUUUUAUAAUUCUAAGAUAAUAAGCUGGUGUAUUUUACUCAAUCUGAUAAUUCUUAACUUGGUAGUGUUAAUCUAAACUAUUUUUAGCUUAUGCAGAGGAAUCUAUAUCAGAUUUUUUAAAGUGAGAUUUAUUGUAGCAAGGUCUUAAGAAACUGAUAUUUCAAUAAAAUGGAAGUAAAUUAAAAAUAGCUUCAAACUAAAAAGGUAUAGAAUUUCCAAAAAGAACACCUCUUUCCCUAUAAAUGUGAAUGAAAUUCUUAAUCGUAGCGUUGAUAGUAGUUACUUUAGUAAUAGUUCGUCAUAAUAUCUUGAAGAAAAAUCUGAUGGAAUAAAUGAAUUAUCUAUCAAAUGGCAAAUGAAUCCUCUGAAAGUAAGAGAAAUAGCUCUUUCAUAACUUUAAAAGUGA